CCCUCCCUUCACUUCCUCCCCUUUUUCCCCCUUUCACUACCUCUCCCAUCACUGCUCUGCCCCUCUAUUAGGUUUCAGGCACCUCUUCCUCCCGAAUUGAACAACACGCACCAAACAGAUUGCACAAAAAAAACACGCAGACUGGCUCUUCUGGUCCUUCUGUGUUUCAUCCCAUCGUAUUGUUACCUUAGUGCAUCCGCCCCCAACAUCACUGCAGAUCUAUUCAUAGCUCCUUGUGUCUAAUUUCAGCAUCCAGCCCACUUUUCUUUUUUUUUUUUUUACUAAAUUUCUCACAGUUUUUGCUCAAUUCACUCAUCCAGAAAAGCACAGCUGUGUCACACAGUCGUUACAGAGUUACAACUAUCAUCUCGCAUCCACUUCAUACUGAAUCCCUCAUUUGUUCCUCUCGUCUUUAUCCUGUGAUCUCUGCUGCUCCUCGUCUCUGGCCAGUAUGUGGUCCAACUUCUUUGUGCAGCAGGAAGAGGAGGGCCGCAUGGGGGUCGCAGGGGGCGGUCAGGGCGGGGGUCUGGCCGGAAUGAAGGGUUUUAGAGGAGGACAAAGAAGGACCAACAAGAUGAGUGACAGCCAGGAGGGUAAGAUCAAGCUGGUCUUUUUUGUGGCGAUCGUUGGGGUGACCCUGACGGUGCUGGGCAUGGGAACAGAGUUCUGGGUAGAGCUGGCCCAGCCAAAGAAUUACAGCGGCAACCAGACCUGCCAGAUGGCCCACUACGGCCUGUGGAAGGGCUGCAUCCGCACCCUGUGGGUGGCCGACAUCGACCCGGAGAGGACGAGCUGCGGCCCUGCUGAACUACCUGGAGAAUCCAACUGCACCUACUUCAAGUUCUUCACCUCUGGGGAGAACGCAGUCAUAUUCAAGAAGACGACCAACAGAAAUUUGAACCUAGCAGCAGCCAUUUUGGCUCUUUUGAGCCUGACCAUGAUGGUGAUGGGCUCCAUCUGUAUUGCCAUGUCGCUCAACAAAGGAGUGCCCUUCUUUCUCAAACCAGCAUCCUUCUGUUUCAUCCUAUCAGGUGUUGUGGUUCUCCUGUCGGUGCUGAUUUUCCACCAGUCUGUACUGGCUUUGCUGUCCAGUGACCACUCCAUACCUCUUCACCACGAGCUGUCUUGGUCUGUCGCCUGUGUCGGCUCAGCCGGGGCCAUCCUCAUAAUUGGAGGUGUCCUGUUCAUCUUCCUUGCUCUCCCUUUUAGUCCCUGGCAAAAAUGCUUUCCACACAAGGAUAGCACCACCUAG